AUGGAGGACCAGACAAACAGACCACAUCGGAAAUCGAAGGAGAAGAAGAAGAAAAAUAGGGAUCAAGCCGGCGCAAAUCCCAAGGCAUUUGCUGUAGCGCAUGCCGGUCGUCUGCAAAAGCAAGCCGCCAGGUCUCAUGAUGUUCGUUUUCCCGAAUCCUUUCCUGAAAAGAGACUUCAUGUCCCUCUUGUGGAUCGCUUGCCCGAAGAGGCGCCUCCGAUUGUUGUUACGGUGGUUGGGCCUCCAGGGGUUGGCAAAACAACCCUUAUCAAAUCCCUCAUUAAGCGUUACUCGAAACAGACGUUAAGCACUCCCGCUGGGCCUCUCACUGUCGUAACCUCGAAACGAAGGCGCUUAACAUUUCUCGAAUGCCCCUCCGACUCCCUCGCGAGCAUGAUCGAUGUCGCCAAGAUCGCGGAUAUUGUUCUACUUAUGAUUGAUGGCAAUUAUGGGUUUGAAAUGGAGACUAUGGAAUUUCUCAAUGCGCUGUCUUCAAGCGGUAUGCCGGGAAACGUCUUCGGGAUCCUCACCCAUCUCGAUCUCUUCAAGAAACAGAGCACUCUACGACAAGCGAAGAAACGGUUAAAACAUCGAUUCUGGAGCGAAUUAUACCAGGGGGCGAAGUUGUUCUACCUGUCCGGCGUUAUCAAUGGGAGGUACCCGGAUCGAGAGAUACACAAUCUGUCACGAUUUCUGUCUGUCAUGAAAAACCCUCGACCGCUUAUAUGGAGAAACUCCCAUCCUUAUUGCUUGGCUGAUCGAUUCCUGGACAUCACACCCCCGACGGCUAUUGAAGAGAAUCCUAAAUGUGAUAGGACAGUUGCUCUAUACGGAUAUCUUCGAGGCACAAAUUUUCCUGCAAUUGGCGCCAGGGUGCAUGUGCCUGGUGUUGGCGAUCUCAGCGUUUCGUCGAUAGAGGCACUCCCUGACCCGUGUCCGACACCUUUCAUGGACCAAGCAAUGGCAAAGGCAACUGGAAAAUCAGGCCGAAGAAGGCUGGGGGAGAAACAAAAACUCCUGUUUGCUCCCAUGUCUGAUGUUGGCGGCGUCCUCGUUGAUAAAGAUGCGGUUUACAUCGAUGUUAAAACUACUACUUUCGACAGGGACGCGGACAGCGAUGAAGAGAGGGGCCUGGGAGAGCAACUUGUUGUUGGAUUGCAAGGUGAACGAAAGUUACUAGGACAGGCAGAGUCGGGAGUCAGGCUGUUCACGGAUGGAGAGGCAGUUGCUGAUGUAGGUGAUGGUGAAACGGGGGAAGUUGGGCGAAAGCAGAAAAGAAAGGUCCGAUUCACAGUCGAUCACGAAAAUGGGGCAAACGUUCUGGAGGAUGAAGACGAAGGCUUUGAGUCAGAUGAUUCCGCGAAGGGAAGUGAAGACGGAGAAGGAGAGGCUGGAGAGGAUGUGGAUGUGACGCCACCAGCAGAUUUUGAGACAAAUUUUAGAGAGGGACAAAAUGGUGCGGCUCAACGUGACGAGGAUGACAUCGCCUUUGCAGACAGUGAUUCUGAUCUUGGAUCAAUAUCCUCGGCGGAGGGCCAGGAACUGGAAAGCGAAGGAGAUUUCGAGUACGAUUCAGACGAGGUUGAUGAUGGAACCUUACGCUGGAAGGAAAACCUGGCUGCGAAUGCCAAGGCGGCUUUUGGAAAAAGAAUUCCUUAUCGUGUUGCUGACCUCACAAGGAUGCUCUAUGACGAGUCAAUAGCCCCUCGGGAUGUUGUAAAGCGAUGGACUGGGAACGAUGCUGAUGAAUCUGGUGAAGGCAAUGAUGGUGCCAACGAAGAAGACGACUUUUUUAAGAAAACUCGCGUGGAAACAGGGGAAACAGAAGAUAGGACUAUUCCAGUGUAUGACUAUAAGCAGCUUGAGCAAAAAUGGGAAAACGAUGAUAAUAUCCAAACUAUCCGGCGUCGGUUUGCCCGUGCUAAAGUUUCCAAGGGUGACGAAUGCACAAAACGUGCCGUGCCAUUACGGGAGACAAGAUUUAACCCUCGUUUCCCAGUUAUUGUUGGUGGCCUGGCGCCUACAGAAGAUCGAUUUGGCUUUGUCCAAGUCAGAAUUAAAAGACACCGUUGGCAUAAGAAAAUCCUCAAGACGAACGACCCCCUCAUCUUCUCUCUUGGCUGGCGUCGAUUCCAGACCACUCCAGUCUACAGCAUCUCCGAUUCCCGAACACGCAAUCGCAUGUUAAAAUAUACCCCGGAGCAUAUGCAUUGUUUUGGCACUUUCUAUGGUCCUCUUGUGGCUCCCAACACAGGCUUUUGCUGCGUUCAAUCAUUCUCGAAUAAGAACCCGGGCUUCCGAAUAGCGGCUACCGGUGUCGUCCUGAAUGUGGACGAGACUACGGAGAUUGUCAAGAAACUCAAACUAACCGGAUACCCGUACAAGAUCUUCCGAAACACAGCCUUCAUCAAGGAUAUGUUUACCUCUGCUCUCGAAAUUGCCAAGUUCGAAGGCGCCAGCAUCCGUACCGUUUCCGGGAUCCGCGGCCAGAUCAAGCGCGCUCUGAGCCGUCCGGAGGGGCAUUUCCGGGCUACGUUUGAAGAUAAAAUCCUCAUGAGCGACAUUGUGUUCUUGCGUGCUUGGUAUCCCAUCAAACCACACCGAUACUACAACCCCGUCACCAACCUUUUGGAUGAAAUAGAUGAAGAUGGUUGGAAAGGCAUGCGCUUGACGGGAGAAGUUCGCCGUGAGCAAAACAUCCCAACUCCACUUGAGAAGGACUCUGCAUACAGGCCGAUUGAGCGGGUCACUCGACAUUUCAACCCCCUCCGAGUCCCUCGCCAGCUAGCUGCGGACCUUCCCUUCAAGUCUCAAAUUACGAAGAUGAGACCUCGUCAAGGUGAAUCAUAUCUCCAAAAACGUGCUGUGGUCUUAGGUGGCGAAGAGAAAAAGGCCCGCGAUCUGUUGCAGAAACUCACCACCAUGCGGAACGAGAAGAUAGCGAAGAGACAAGCUGCGCAGGAAGAGCGGAGGAAGGUUUACCGUGCCAAGGUGACGGAGAAUGCUGAGAAAAAACAGGAGAGGGAAAAGAGGGAGCGCGAUGAAUAUUGGCAGCGAGAGGGGAAGAAGCGGAAGAACGAUGGCGGAGACGGAGGAAGAGGAGGGAAGAAAAGAAGGUGA